GCAGCAGAACUCUCCGAAGGUGCUAUCAGCGGCGUGAGUGGCCACCUGUCACCACCAGGGGGCGCUCUCGGACCCGGCCCAAAUCCCACCCUUGCUCGCUGUCCCCAAAACUUUCCUUUCACUUUCGGUCUCUGCCUGUCACCCGGCUUGGCCCCUUCCACACCCUGCUGGGGCUCGCCUAGUGUGUGAGGAGCAUUGGACUCCAGGUCCCCAAGGGGCGGAGCCGUGGUCCCUAAUCCUAGGGCAGAGACACCAGGGGAUGGGGGGGUCGGGUUCCCGAGUCCCUGACCUGGGAGGGUUCUGGGGACCGGAUGUCGGGGUUCUUGAAAGGGGAGAUGAGGAGUUUUCACCAUAACUGGGGCUCAUGCAGGAAGCCUGGGGCAGUGAGAGGCGGAAACUCAGCCACAUCAAGAAGACCACGGAGGGGUGGGGAGCUGAAGGGGCGGGUGAGGAAGGGGCUGGGGUGUGGGGGUCCGAGACUACUUUUUCUGUCCCUACCAAGACCCGGCCAUAGGCAUGAGGGGCCCCUGGCCGAGAUGACAGUGCUGGCACCAGCCUGGAACCCAACUACCUCCCAGCUGCUGCUGCUGCUUCUGCUGCUGCUCCCCGGCCUCCGUGGUACCCAGAACUGCUCCUUCCAGCACAGCCCCAUCUCUUCCACUUUCGCUGAUAAGAUCCUCAAGCUGUCUAACUACCUGCUUCUGGAUUACCAAGUCACUGUGGCCUCCAACCUGCAGGAAGAGGAGCUCUGCGGGGCACUCUGGCGGCUGGUCCUGGCCCAGCGCUGGAUGGAACAGCUCAAGACUGUGGCUGGGUCCCACAUGCAAGACCUCCUGGAGGCUGUCAACACGGAGAUAGUCUUUGUCACCACAUGUGCCUUUCAGCCCCUCCCCAGCUGUCUUCGCUUCGUCAAGACCAACAUCUCCUGCCUCCUGCAGGACACCUCUCAACAGCUGAAUGCUCUGAAGCGGUUGAUCACCAGCCGGAAUUUCUCUCCAUGCCUGGAGCUGCGGUGUCAGCCCGACCCCUCUACCCUGCCACCCCCGAGGAGUCCUGGGGCCCUAGAAGACACAACCCCGCCAGCACCCCAGCCACCUCUGCUGCUGCUGUUGCUGCCCGCAGCCCUUGUGCUGCCAGCAGCUGUCUGCUGCCUGCACUGGCGAAGGAGGAGGUGGGGGAUGCCCUGCCCUGGGGAGCAGGUGCCCCCCACCUCCUGUCCCCAGGAUGUACUGCGUAUGGAGCCCUGACCUUCCUGGGGCCUCAUGUUGCCCAGUGAGACAGACACAUCUAUCAUCCCAUUUUACAGAUGAGGACACUGAGGCCCAGAGUGGGCAGCCACCUGCCAGACGAUGCACAGCCGGGAUACAGAGGAGGUUGGCUAAAGGCUGGUCCCUUCCUGGGCCCCAAUGCUCCUCUUACUCUCUCCCCAGGAUGGAGGCAACGCCAGAACCCAGCACCAGCCCCUCUUACUCCCCUCUGUACAAAGCCCUUGUCCCUAUGAAACUAUAUAAAUCAUCCUUUUCUACCAGCUCUGCCCAGGCCUGUCUGUGGAUGGAACAGGGUGAGAAUGGGACAAUUAUGAUUUCAGGAAUCUUGGUGUAUCAGUUAAGGAAAUGUUUCAUUCAAUACUGUGACUGUCUUCUGGCUGGUCUGGUAGCUC